AUGAAAUGGUUUUCAAUAUUAUUAUCGAUAAUAAUAAUAAUUGCUCCGAUUUUAGCGGUAACUAGAAAUGCAGAAUUAGCUCAGGAAUAUAAAAAAUAUCGAGAAUGUUUGGAAAGAUUGGAAAAAGAGGUUGGAGAUUCGAAAAAGAUUCAAGUUGUUCAAGUUGUCAAAGGAGCUGAUGUUGUUUUGCCGUGUUUUUCGUGGUGAGAGGAGGAAGGGGUUAUGACGUGGCAAAAAAUAUUUUGAAAAUUCUCGCAGACCGCUUAUUUAUGUGUUUUUUUUUUCGAAUAUUUCAAAAAAAAUCACAAAGUUCUUCAUUCCAGUGUUUCCCCGGAAGAUGGAAUCGAAAUUGAUUCAACCUACAAACCAUCCUCUGGAAUUGUUGGUCGAAAUCUCAACGCUGCUAUCGAUUUCUUCAAAAAAGUUCUAAUGAAAUCCAGUCACAUCAUAAUCGAUGAUAAAGAUCAAUGGAAAUACGAUUGGGAAUUCGCCAAAACCUCUCAAGAAACUGGAUUUCGCACACUUUCAAGUAUGCAUUUCUCAAUUUCCGCUGCAAUUUCAGAUCGAAUUAAAAGGUUUCAAUCAAAAGAUGAGAGUGAAUUCAAAUUGGGAGAUCGAUAUGAAUUGGUAUUGAAAAAUGUGAAUGGUGGAAGUAAUGGCUUUUAUCGAUGUAAGAAUUCGCAUCGAAGAAAUAUUAUAUCAAAUAUGUAUUAUCUUGAAGUUAUCAACAAAAAGACUAUUGAUAUUUUAAGUUCGAACUCGAGUUCUAAUUCCAUUUCAAUGAAAUCUGGAAAAAUUGAAAAUGAAAUUGAAUAUGAAAUUGGCAAAUCAUUGUGGAAUGAAUGCUCAAUGUGCUCUUCAAUUCAUGGCGAAAAGCUUAGAAUUCAUCAAUGCUUCAUUAAAAUUCCCUCAAAACCAGCUGAUAUCCAAAACAAGUAUCCAAUUUUCGAACUUUUUGAUAAGAUUCCAUGCACAUCAACACUUGUCCCUUUAAAUCUUCGAAAACAAUUGAGAAAUCUUGGAUUGAACAAAAUAUACAUCGAAGUUGAAAAAUGUUUGAAAACUUGUCCAAAUCUUGAAUCCGAGUUAGCGCAAGUCACUCAAAAAUCUCAAUUAGGUGGAGAAUUUCGAGUAUUAGAUUAUGUUCCAGCUGGAGAAUUUGUUUUUGGUGACAUUCUACCACGAUUAUUACCACCCGUUAUUCGAAGAGUUCAAAUUGUAUUGGAAAAUGAUCCACUUGUGAUAAGUUGUCAAAAUGAAGAACAUAGUGGAAUAUAUUGGAUAAGUAUGAAAAAAGGAUUAUUGAAGAUUGCAAAUGUUUCGAAAAUUUAUGAGGGAAGAGCGUAUUUUGAUGAGAAAGUUAAUUUGAUUUUCGAUCAAUUUUCGAUGGAUGAUGAAGAUGAGUUUUUGUGAGUUAUUCUAACUUUCGAGAUUUUCUUAACAAAAAUGUAUUUCUAGCUGUUAUUCCUCUACAAAUAUUCUACUUGGAACAUUUCAUAUGCGAGUUAUUGAAAACGACAAAAAUCAACAAAUUAUUGAAAUUGUCCAGAUAUUUGUCAAAUUUGCCGCAUUUAUCCUGGUUUUUUCAUUGAUCGCAAGUCAACUUUUUGAAUAA